CGAACGUUGUUUAUUAUGUACUUGGUCAAGGUCCGGCUGUGGCCGGAGUUAAUACUUGCUGGAUAGACCAAUCACGUAACAUGAGCUUUCCACGGCGACUCUACGCCUUGCCGUCAACGACAUACAUAACGCCGGCCAGGCUCGGAGAAUACACUGCACAGCCUGUGGAAGGGGUUAGCAGUUAUAAAUAGCAGUUAUAAAUAUUAGCCAAUGCCGACUUGAGCUCUAGCAAGAGUGAAGCAGUACGUUGUCAAAUCUAGUGAGAUUUAGCCAUCUACCUACUUAACCCAGUCUCGUUUCGAUAGAGCUGUGACAUCUUCAUCAAAAUCGGCUCUUUUCCCACCUCAGACGAUAUACAAUUACCGAAUAAAGUUUUUCUCGCAAAAGGAUCAUGUCUACUAUCUUCACAGACGUCAACAAGGUGUCGAAGGCACCGGACAACCGUCCCGUGGUCCGCAUCGGCGUCUUCAUCCCCACGGACGCGCAGGUGCUGGACACGGCGGGCGUCGACAUCUUCGGGUCUCUGAGUUACGAGUACUUCUCCCUGCUGAGCCACAUGCUGCCGCAGGUCGUCAUCGAUAGCGCGCCUUCGGUCCAGAUCCUGUAUGUCGGCAGCGUGGCCGCGGGCGAGCGGAUCCCGUUGACGAGUAAUCAGUCCGUUGUUGCGUCGCAUCAUUAUAGCGAGCCUGAGGUUGCGCCUGGAAAACUCAACAUCAUCUACGUACCCGGAACUGACCCUGAUACCGCGUUCCCCGAGGGCGCCUCCGAUUGGCUGGCCAGGCAAGGCGCGACGGAGGGUGUCGAUAUCUUGAGUGUGUGCACGGGGAUCUUUACGUGUGGCGCUGCCGGACUCCUGAAGGGGAAGAGCAUCUGCGGGCCGAGAUCGAUGCAGGACCGGAUCAAGGCGAAGAAUUUCGGGCAGAAGAGCUUGAGAGGUUCGGAGCUCAGGUGGAUACAGGACGGCAACUUCUGGUCGUGUGGUGCUGUGACCAGCGGGAAUGAACUUGUAGCGGCGUAUUGCCGUGCCCACGCGGAGCUUUGGCCUCGCCCGCUCGUCGAGCUCGUCUGUGAGGAACUCGAGGUUGGGGAUAAACCCCAGGAAUAUAACAGAGAGCCAGGCAUGGAGAAAUAUGUUGGAGAGUUGUUGGCAGCUGCUGGUCAAGUAAGCGGGUGAUUCGGAAACUACUGUAAAAUAACGUAAGCCUUGCUAUUACGUUGGGGUACUCAAACAGAUAAUUUAAAAUGAGAAAUUAUACGGACGCUUGCUCUCGGGCAAGGAAUCACUCUU